CCCAACCCGAAACCAUGUCGUCUCAGCCUUUUGGCGAGGAUAGUCUCGCUACGGCGCUUGGGAAUCUGCAGCAGACGCUACGUACGGCACUCGACGCGCUAAAGUCUCCCGCAACAGCUGCUGCGCUGCAAAGCGCACUGCACGAUGACACGCGCCUCCCGGACAAGGCCAUCGCGGGUCUCGCUUCCGACGCCGUCGACCUCUUGGCCGAGGUGGAGCAGCUGCUUCAACCGGCGCACUUGAUUCUCGCUGACCACUUCUUGGGCUACACCGACACCAAAUGUCUCGUCGCGGCCAACGAGCUCCAUCUGGCCGAUAUCCUGGCCAACGGCCCAUUAAACAUCCAAGAACUUGCCAAAGCAAGCAAUGCUCGCGCAGAUCGCCUCGGGCAGGUCCUCAUGCCGCUGCGCAACAACGGCAUCUUCAGCUACAACUCUAGCACGGGAGAAUACGCCAACACCCACGUCUCCACGCUCCUCCGUUCGGACCACUGGACGCAGUGGCACAAUUGGGUCGACCUAUACGGCAAUGAAUUUUACGACAUUGCCCGCGGCAUCCCCAAGUCGGUCAAGAGCGAUGCCACUCGAUGGGCGGCGCAGAUCAACUUCGACACCGACUUGAACAUGUUUGAGUACUUUAAUAGCCAAGGAUGGAUGCCCCGGCUGCACCGCACGCUGGGCGGCGGCGCGUCUGCCAUGGCGCCCGGCAUCGUCGAGGACUACCCGUGGGCCGAAGUCAUGGACAAGACUGUGCUCGAUCUCGGCGGCGGCGGCGGCUCCUUCAUCGCGACGCUGCUGCGCAGCUUCCCCACCAUGCGGGGGAGCAUCUACGACCUCCCCCAUGUCAUUGCGCACAGCUCCGAUCUCUUCUCCAAGGGCGGCACGUUUGACGAUCUUACAGACCGCGUCCCGCAAGCCAACCUCAUCGGCGGCGACUUUCUCAAAUGGGUGCCACCCACCGAGGUCUACGUCAUGAAGUGGUGUCUGCACGACUGGACUGACGAGCCGGCGGCCACGAUCCUGCGCAAUGUCCGAAAGGCAAUUGUGCCGGGGCCCGUCAGUCGCCUCGUCGUGUUCGAGUCCAUUCUGUCGGAUGGUCGUAUGGGGAGGCUCUCGCGGUACGGAGACAUCAACAUGAUGAUGACGGCCAACGGACAGGAACGUACGGAGGCGCAGUGGCGGAAGCUUAUGGAGGAGGCCGGGUGGAAGAUUGAUAGGAUCUAUCCGCUGAGGAACGCAUGGGUCCAGGCGAUUGAUCUCCGCCCGGCGUAA